AUGCUAAACACCCUAAUAACCCACCUAAUUAACCCCUUAGCCUACAUCGUACCUGUACUUUUAGCAGUAGCCUUCCUAACACUUAUUGAACGAAAGGUAUUAGGAUACAUGCAACUACGAAAGGGACCAAACGUGGUAGGCCCAUACGGAUUACUACAACCAAUUGCUGACGGAGUAAAACUCUUCAUUAAAGAACCCGUCCGCCCGUCUACAUCCUCCCCAUUUCUGUUUUUAGCUGCUCCAGUACUAGCACUAACCCUAGCCAUGACCUUAUGAGCACCAAUACCUAUACCUCACCCAGUAACUGAUCUUAACCUGGGGAUCCUCUUUAUUCUGGCCCUAUCAAGCCUUGCAGUAUACUCAAUCCUGGGGUCAGGAUGAGCAUCAAAUUCGAAAUACGCUCUAAUUGGGGCACUACGAGCCGUAGCCCAAACGAUCUCAUAUGAAGUCAGCUUAGGACUUAUCCUUUUAUCCGUUAUUAUUUUCUCCGGGGGAUAUACACUACAAACAUUUAAUACUACUCAAGAAAGCAUCUGAUUACUAAUUCCCGCCUGGCCUUUAGCCGCAAUAUGGUAUAUCUCAACACUAGCCGAAACAAACCGAGCACCAUUCGACCUAACAGAAGGAGAGUCUGAACUAGUGUCCGGCUUUAACGUAGAAUAUGCAGGAGGACCAUUUGCACUUUUCUUUCUAGCCGAAUACGCCAACAUUCUUCUAAUGAACACCCUCUCAGCUGUCUUAUUUUUAGGAGCCUCACACAUCCCAAACAUACCAGAACUUACAACAAUCAACCUCAUAACUAAAGCUGCACUACUAUCCAUUCUAUUCCUGUGAGUACGAGCCUCAUACCCACGAUUCCGUUAUGACCAACUAAUACACCUAGUAUGAAAAAAUUUCCUCCCUCUCACACUAGCCUUUGUACUAUGACAUACCGCCCUGCCAAUUGCACUAGCGGGGCUCCCCCCACAACUAUAA